CAUUUUCGGAAUAAAGACCGCAUGAAAUGAAGUGAGGUUUCAUAAGUUGUCAUUUCUGUCAUAAGCAUAAACGUUGUUUAUACAAAAUCCAUAGUGAUUAAAAAUGACGCAAAUGGUAUGGAACGGAGCUCUCGUUUUUGUCGCUUUGGCCUGUACCGUCCAAGGGUCAGUGAAAAAAGGAGUUGUACAUUGGGCUGACAGCUAUGAAUGCGAUGAUUUUAAAGUUUUAGACAACAUUAAUUGGUGGUAUGACUUCAGAAUGAAUCUGAACUAUUUCCACAAGAACGACAUAUGUACAUCCAGCGUCGAUACUUAUUUGUAUAACUAUGUCCCCAUGGUUUGGGGGCAUUGGAGAGAUACUGUAAUUAACCUUCCAGAAGAUUCACAACAGUUUGUCCUUGGCUUCAACGAGCCAAAUCAUAAGAAACAAUCAAAUAUGUCACCCGAGAAAGCUGCUGCUGCGUGGAAAGAAGUUGAAAAGAAUUCCAAAGGAAGAAAGCUUGUGAGUCCUUCAGCUGCAACAUGCGGUGAUAAGUGCAAUGUUGACGAAUUUGAAUGGUUCGACAAGUUUUUCGAGCUUUGCAAAGGAUGUAGAGUGGAUUACCUAGCGGCACACACGUAUUGGUGUAACCCUGGUAAAGUGAUGAGAUACUUGUGGCAACUCUACAAAAGAUACAAUCGAAAGAUUUGGCUCACUGAGUUUGCUUGUGGCAAAACAACAUACGAAAUGGAACAAUUAGAUUUUAUGGAACAAAUAUUACCAGCGCUGGAGGACGCCGAUUUUGUUUUCAGAUAUUCCUGGUAUUCAGCGAGAAUAAAGAAGUCUGGAUUUGUUACGACAUCUGCGAGUCUCCUUAAACCCGACCGUUCAGAGCUUACCACUUUGGGACGUUUCUACAACGAUUUUCAAGGAUCUUCGAGCGAGUUGCCUACUUCUCCUAAGCCACAGAUCACCACAGCAGUCGAUAUAAAUGUGGUAGGCAGGGACGAAACGCUCCUUAUAUUGAAGUCUUUUACUUCAAACCCAACCAAAUGGUGGAAGGUUCUCAAUUUUAUGAAGAAAAACUCAUAUACGCUGCCUGUUGCUGUACAAGAUGUAUACAAGACGUCGUCAAACAGAGACCUCAAACAGCGGAUUAAAAAACGGUUCAUCGAGGUGUUGUGUACCGAUGUUGAAGAAUUGCAGGACCCGGAUGUUAGGUUCCUAGUUGAGAAAAUUAAAGACAUGCCCGAAGGAGAGAAGAAAAGGAGAAGAAAUGCGGGAGAGCUACGCGUUCCAAAAUGCUGAAGAAUAAAGUGUGCAUGUAAUUUGUACCUAUUUUUUAUUUCUUUAUUUUCCAAUAAACGUUGUACAAUAAUUGUAGUAAAUAAAACUUAUUGAUAUUUUUGACCCGCAUUACUUUGAACGUUGAAGUAAUACUUAUGCCACUAAAAUUAUGUACCGAAGAUGUGCAGACCAAUUCUGGCAAAAUUGGAGUGAAAUAUUUUGGACAAAAUUUGAAAAGUGCUUCUUUCAGUGUACGGGAUUUCGACCCUUUGCCGGACAGGACCAUGUGCAGAAAAGGACCAUGUGCCCGACAUUUUUCCUGUUUCAUUUUUGAUAGAUAGCAUUUGAUUAUAAAAUGUCUUUGUAACAUGGUCAAUCUUUAAAGAAAUAUAUAGAUACUAAAAAUAUCAAGAAAAAUCAAGAUAAGUGUAAGGUAUGGUAAUUUUUUAUUGUGAUUUAUUACAAAUAGAAAAAGAACAGGUUAUACAAAACAUGCAUGAUAGUAGGAAAUAACUUAAAUAAAUUGGUUAAUAUACAAUGCGCGUAUCACUGCAAUGUUGUUCAUAUACAAAAAUCAUUUGUUAAACAGAUCUACAGCUAAUAUUUGUAACUGUUGUUGACGCUGCUGUGUGAUGACACCAUUGUUGUCGAGAUGUUUGCUGAAAAAAUAUAAAGCAGAAGAUGAA